GUUGUGGGGGGGAGCUCUCUGGGGCUGGGUUGGCGUCUUGGGUGCUGCCUUCUCGCUUCUGAGCCGAGGUACAGGUUGAGCUCGAUGGCCGAUGGGGUCCCUCCUGCCUCUAAGAGUCAGCAACACUGUCUGCAGGCGUUCGGGAUGAGGACCCCCAGCCCGAGAGGGCCCUCGAGAUCAUGCCCAGGAGGGAGCACCAGCCAUGGGGCGGGGAACUGGGGUGCUGAGCCUAGAGAAGAGAAGACCCAGCAGGCACGGGACGACUGUCAGUAACUCUCCCCCUAAUGCCGCUGCACAAGUACCCUGUUAAACUCUGGAAAACCUUGAAGCUGAGGCAAGGGAUUUACUCUCGCUUGCCUGAACACUACCUCAAGUCACUGCAAAACGAAGGGACACCCACAGCAGUCCAUUAUAAACCUCACGGGGUCAAGUAUAAGAUAAAUCCGAAGAAUGGACAACGUGAGCUUGUCCAGGAUGUUGCCAUCCCGCUCUACUUUCCCCCUGAAUCCCAGAAGGGACUCUGGGGUGGCGAAGGCUGGAUCAUUGGUUAUAGAUAUGCCAACAAUGACAAGCUCUCAAGGCGCGUGAAAAAGACUUGGAAGCCCCAUCUGUAUGAACGAGAGCUUUACAGUGAGAUCUUGGACAAGAAAUUCACAGCAAUGGUGACCAUGAGAACUCUGGAUCUAAUUGAUGAAGCCUAUGGAUUUGAUUUCUAUAUCCUCAAGACUCCAAAGGAGGAUCUGUGCUCCAAGUUUGGAAUGGACUUGAAACGAGGAAUGCUAUUGCGUCUUGCCCGGAGGGACCCUCAGCUCCACCCAGAUGAUCCAGAAAAGAGAGAAGCUAUUUAUGACAAGUACAAGGAGUUUGUGAUCCCAGAAGAAGAGGCUGAAUGGGUCGGGCUGACGUUAGACGAAGCAGUGGAAAAACAAAGACUCCUGGAAGAAAAAGACCCUGUCCCUCUGUUCAAAGUAUAUGUGGAAGAACUCAUUCAGCAGCUUCAAGACCAGGCACUUUCGCAGCCAGCUGUGAUGCAAAGGAAAGCCUAGUGGGCAGGAACUGCCCAGAGACCAGACUGUUUGAUUAAGAGGCCCCUUCCUCUUCUUCCUCCUCCUCCUCCCCAUCAUAUCCAGUCCAAACCCACUGCUGCAUGUUUCCCAGGGAAGUGGGAAGCAGAGUAUAUGAAGACUUUCUGCGUCCCCCCUGCUGGCCGCCCCGCCGAGCUCCUGGCCUGCCUUUGGUGGUGCCAGCUCCAAAUCACAGCACUCCCUGAGUGCCCGCUGAUGCUUUGAACUCGAUACCUGUAUUUUUCUGAGACACAGUCAUUCAGAGGAACAAUAAACAAACCCAUCCAGUGAUCCAGUUACUGUCCCAGUGUGUCCCUUUAGCCACCCACACAUGCCAGAGGUCUGCCAGGGAUCAGAAGCUAGUGCGUGUCUUGUGCAGUAGAACCACUGGAGCUUGUCACAUCCCCUGUAGUCUCUUGAUGUGAGACUGAUACUCUGGACAUUUGUAGAAGCCCUUUACAUAAAGUGGUUAAUUUGG